GGGGUCGCCCGCUUCGGACCGCUGCACUUCGAGCGCCGGGCCCGGUUCGAGGUGGCCGACGAGGACAAGCAGUCCCGGCUGCGCUACCAGAACCUGGAGAAUGAUGAGGAUGGAGCCCAGGCCUCUCCGGAACCAGAUGGGGGAGUCAACACCAGGGACUCGGCGCGAACAUCCACCCGCAGCUCACAAUGGUCUUUCAGCACUGUCAGCAGCAGCACCCAGCACUCCUACAGCGCCUGCUGCAGCUGGAUCCAGCACCCUCUGAUCCAGAAGAACCGCCGGGUAGUACUGACCUCCUUCCUGCUCCUGCUGCUGGGGCUGGGUGAGUGCCCUGGGCCCCCCUGCCACCCCACAGGGGCCCACCCUCCUUGUAUGCAGGCUCUGAGUCGUCCUGGGUGCCCUGAGCCUCCCAGCAUCCCAGGGAGGCAGCUGGCAUCACCAUUUUAA